AUGGGAGAUCGCUCGCAACGUCAGCCGUCAUGGGCGCGGGAUGCGACGAGAAAUGUGCCUUGGAUUCUGCUUACAGCGCAGUCCACUGCUUUCGUGUUGUUGGCCCAUUACUCCCGAGUCAUGCCGCCAACCGGUGGAAAGCGAUACCUGACCUCGACCGCGGUCUUCUUGAAUGAGGUCGUCAAACUGGCCAUUGCACUCACAAUGGCUCUCUACGAUGUCUCGAAGACCGCCCCGCCAUCCCUCCCUGCUACAUCUCUCUUCUUCUCCCUCACAAGCGCCGUGUUCUCGGGUGAUAGCUGGAAGUUGGCUAUCCCUGCAGUCCUAGGUGUCCUCUCCAAUUCUCUACAGUACAUUGCGCUGUCCAAUAUGCGAGCAGCGACCUUCCAGGUUAUAUUCCAGCUGCACUUCUUAAUGACGGCGGUCUUCGGUCUGAUAUUCCUGAGACGGAGCAUUGCGCCGCGCAACUGGGGUUUACUGCUGUUGUUGGUGCUUGGUGUUGCUCUGGUGCAGAUCCCCGAUGCCAACUCCGAGCACAUGACGUUGCAGGAAGAUGGCUCUUCGCUCCACUUCCCGCGGUCUCUUGAGGAAUGGAAGGCCGUGAAGGGUGGUGGAAGUUUGCAUAAGCGGUCUGCUACGUACGAAGGCAUCGAGGAAGAUAUUGAGACCAUUGACCCAAGGCUCAAUGCUGCGAUUGGUCUACUAUCCAUUGUUGGAGCUGCUGUCGCCUCGAGCCAUACUUCUCUGUGGGUGCGUAACGUGCAGUUGGCUGUUUACUCUAUCUUCCCGGCUCUAUUCAUUGGUGUUGUCUUCCGCGAUGGCGACAACAUCGCCAAUGAGGGAUUCUUCCAGGGCUACAACUGGGCCGUCUGGGUUACUAUUGUUGUUCAGGCUCUUGGUGGCAUCCUCUCUACCUUCUCCAUCAGUCACGCACAGAGGGAUGCUAAGUCUCUAGCAACCACUGCCACCAUCAUCACAAGCAUCGUUGGAAGCUUCUGGCUUUUCGACUUUGAGCUCACGGCAAGUUUCUUCAUUGGAUCGGCUGCAGUCCUAGUCGCCGUUCACUACUAUGGUAACCCUAGGUUCAGCCCAUCGGCCAAGAUCCCCCCGCCAAUCCGCGUGGACUCGUACGAAAAGGAUGGUGGCGAUGACGGAUCGCCUGUUGCACCACCUAACGAGAUCUCCAUCAAGCUGCCAAGCUCUCCCUUCUUAUCAUCCGAGGGCAUGUCAAGCUCCAGACCCACGUCUCCCAACCCGGGCCAUACACGCGUGAGCUCAAGCCGGAAUUCCCAUAUCUUUGAACCGUCCUCCAAGCGGCGGCGAGUCGACAAUGAGUCUGCCAGCUCCCAGGAUAGCAAGACUGGGACAGAUACUCAGAGGCUCAUCGAUGGUGCCCAGCACCCGCAUCACUCCAGCUCAUUUCUUGAAGACCACUUGUCUCCCGAGGACUGGAUUCCGUCUCUUCAAAAUGCAGGUUCUCAAUUGGAUGCUUUUGACCUCGAACUGCUGGCUCAAGAAAGUGAAAUGAGCAGUUCAGCUCAGCAUGGAUCUUCACGGGGACACCUCGACGGGGUCAAUCCUCAGGGUUUCAGCAGCCCAGUGCCCCAACCCAGAGGUCACGUUUCUUUGAUGGCGACAAGUACAAGCAUGACGCCCCUUCGGCUACCGGUGUCUACACCGGAUAUGACGUCUGGACCACCUUCCAGUCCCUUGAUGAUGCUCAAGAAAAGGAAAGGAGAGUCCCGAACAGCACAGAGCCCGCAAGACUGCAGACAUGAUCUGAGUCAGUACCACACAGCUCAGCCCACCCCACAGCUAUCUUCCUCAUUCCAGCAAAACUUGGAAGUGUCAUCUUAUAAGCGGAGCCACCAGGGCCUCUCUUCGCCUUUCGCCAAGCUCCCACCCUCUGUCCGUGGUAUUGUACUAGUCUCAAAGGAUGAACUGCCCGAGUCGUAUCGAUCCUUGUUCUCCUUCCCGCUCUUCAAUGCCAUUCAGUCAAAAUGUUUCCAGUCGAUAUACAAUUCGAAUAUCAAUCUCGUUCUCUCUGCACCGACCGGAAGCGGGAAAACAGUCGUGAUGGAGCUGGCGAUCUGUCGACUCCUCAACGUUCUGAAAGACGAGCGUUUCAAAGUCAUCUACCAGGCACCGACCAAAUCUCUAUGUGGUGAAAGAUUCCGUGACUGGAAUUCCAAAUUCUCUGCGUUGAACCUCAAAUGUGCUGAACUAACUGGGGAUACCGAUCAUAACCAGCUGCGAAGUGUCCAACGCAGCCAGAUAAUUAUCACAACGCCUGAGAAAUGGGACAGCAUGACACGCAAGUGGAAAGAUCACGGGCGUCUGAUGCAGCUGGUCAAGUUGUUCCUCAUCGACGAAGUCCAUAUCCUCAAAGAAAACCGCGGUGCUACACUUGAGGCUGUUGUGUCACGAAUGAAAAAUAUCGGCUCGAAUGUCCGAUUUGUGGCUCUCAGUGCUACUGUCCCCAACUCGGAGGACAUCGCUACUUGGCUAGGCAAGGAUGCGACGAAUCAGCAUGUCCCCGCGCAAAGGGAACAUUUCAGCGAGGACUUCCGUCCCGUCAAGCUGCAGAAAUUCGUAUACGGGUAUCAGUCCAACGCGAACGAUUUUGCUUUUGACAAAGUCUGUGGAUCCAAGUUGGUCUUUCUGAAUACCUCAGGCGUCCGCUUCGCAUGGCUAACCGAUACCAUUAGACUUCCUGAUGUCAUCGGAACGCAUUCAUGCCAGAAGCCGAUCAUGAUCUUCUGCUGUACUCGGAACUCGGCAGCAACUACAGCUAAAGACCUUUGUCGUUUGUGGAACAUGACGAACCCACCUUCUAGGCACUGGAAAGGCCCUGGCAGGCGUAUUGAAGUCAAUAAUGAAGAUCUUCGAACAACGAUUUCUGCUGGAGUUGCAUUCCAUCAUGCCGGACUCAGUGCCGGCGACAGACAUGCGAUCGAAAAGGGAUUCUUGGAUGGCCUCAUCAAUGUCAUAUGCUGUACUUCGACUCUCGCCGUCGGUGUCAAUCUGCCAUGUCAGCUGGUGAUCAUUAAAAACACAGUCGGAUGGCAAGAAGGGGGUUGCAAAGAAUAUUCCGAUCUCGAGAUGAUGCAGAUGCUCGGCCGCGCUGGUCGACCUCAAUUUGACGAAAGUGCAACGGCAGUUAUCCUGACAAGGAAGAGUCGUGUACCUCACUACGAAAAAUUGGUUUCCGGCUCCGAGAGCCUCGAAAGCUGCUUGCAUCUCAAUCUCAUCGACCAUUUGAAUGCUGAGAUUGGUCUGGGCAAUGUAAGUGAUGUGGAGUCGGCCACAAAAUGGCUCGCAGGCACUUUCCUAUCUGUUAGACUCCGUAGAAAUCCAACAUACUACGAGCUCAAGGAGGAUGCGAGUCAGGAAGAUGAAGACAAGCUUCUGCGGCAAAUAUGUGAGAAAGACAUCAAGCUUUUACAGGAAUACAAUCUUGUCGACAAUAGAAGUCUCCGAUCAACCCCGUUCGGUGAUGCCAUGGCGCGGUAUUACAUCCGAUUCGAGACUAUGAAGACUUUACUCUCGUUACAGCACCACGCCACAAUCUCGCAAAUUCUCGAGGCAAUCGUCCAAGCUGAGGAAUUCCGCGAAAUUCGUCUCAAAGCAGGCGAAAGAUCACUUUAUCGCGAAAUCAAUCGUGAACCUGGCAUCUGCUUUCCUAUCAAAGUCGACAUCGCCCUGCAUGCGCAUAAGAUCUCGCUUCUUCUACAGUCAGAACUAGGAGCAAUUGAUUUUCCCACAGACGAGCAAUUCCAAAAACACAAGUUCUCUUUCCAGCAAGACAAAAGCCUUGUCUUCAAUCACGUCAACCGACUAAUACGCUGCGUCAUUGACUGCAUGGUUGCGCGAGAGAGUUCGGCUGAGAUUUUGAAUUCGCUGGAGCUUGCGCGAAGCUUCGGGGCUAGAGUUUGGGACCGCUCGCCUCUUCAAAUGAAGCAGAUCGAGCAGAUUGGAGUGGUAGCUGUUCGGAAACUGGCUGCAGCGGGGAUAACAGAUAUCGACGCUCUUGAGAGUUCUGAGGCUCAACUAAUCGAGAUGACGCUAAGCAAAAACCCGCCCUUUGGCGCAAAACUGCUGACGCGACUAAAGGAGUUUCCGAAACUGCGCGUGGCUGUGAAGAUUGUCGACAAGGAUUCAAAGUUUGGAAAUGUCAAAGUCCGCUUCCAGGUCGAAGUUGCCUUUAUGAAUGAAAAAAUCCCAUUGUUUUUCCAGCGGAGACUUAUCUAUGUUUGCUGUUUGGCGGAGACGUCUGACGGCCGAUUGAUCGACUUCAGGCGCAUGAGCGCGAGUAGACUUCAAGAUGGGCUGAAUAUCACUCUCAUGACAGAGCUGAAGAAUUCAGAUGACUACAUAAUCUGCCACGUCAUGUGCGAUGAUAUAGCUGGCACUGCAAGGAAGGCUGAGAUGCACCCGAAUGCUUCUUGCUUGUUCCCUGCAAGGUCAAGAGGAUCAAGCGCCAAGGACAGUAUGGCGGAGCCCGCAAUGAAGAUGACCCAGCUGCAAGCCAAAAAACAGUCUGAAACCAGGCUCACAUUUGACGACUUUGACGGAGACGAUUUGGAGCUGGAAGACUUUCUGACUGCAGCGCAGCGUCGAGACAAAGCAGAACAGGCUGCCAAACCAAAGGGAUCUGAAGUCGAAGAAAUUGACUGGAUGUCAAUUAGCGACUCCCCAAGUCCCAAGCGUCGCCUAGAGACAACAAAAUUCAAAGCUGACGACUGGAUCGCUGACAUGGGUUUGCUCGACGAGGACGACAGAGGGCCAACCAGACUUCCGAAUGGGAAGUGGGCUUGCAAUCAUAAAUGCAACGAUAAAACGAGCUGCAAGCACUUCUGCUGUCGUGACGGUCUGGAGAAGCCACCCAAACCCAGCAAAUCGCGGAUUAUGGCAAAUGACAACUCUCCUGGCCUCAACCAGUUGACUCUGCCAGCUACCAUCAAGAAACAAGACGCCUCAAAUGGUGGACCUAGGAACAUCCAAAAACCCAAGUCUAAGAACACUACAAGCAGAAAGAGCCGCAACCUGUCGACAACCAAAUCUUCCACCGCUCCUGCCAAGCGAACCUCGUCAUUCAAAUCUCAGCUGCGAACCAAGCCUAUCAGCAGUAGAACCCAGCCAAUUAUCGAGAAGGGGGGACAGGAGAGCCCUAUCCGGAUUAGUUCCAGUGACUUUGAAGAUUCGAGCUUCGCCGACCUAGCAGCCCCAACGGGGCUUCUGGCACGCAAUGCGCGCAGAUCUGACAAAUCAAACUCACCCGUAAUGGAAAUGGCGCAGUCCAACGAAUCUGAAGACACUUUUAUCGACCCAAGGUCUCUUUCUAUCGAGAAUAGUGACAAAGAUCUGAUCGUGCCUGGUUCAACCAGGACGGUUUCCACCGCAUUCGAUGCGGCCACUCCGACGUCCACAAUUCAAAACGCUCAGCACCGUCGUUUCCAAAAGCGCCGAUCUGUCUUCGACAUCUGGAGUGACGAUUCUCUCGAAUUGGAAACAGAAGUCUUCACACACCCGGGUAUCCUUGACAGCUCCUCUACGACCGCGCCUUUCGCCCCAUCCACUGCAAACACAACCCACAAUCUGAAACGCACAGCCCAAGUUCUUGAGGAGACCCACGGUAAUGUUCGAAAACAAAACACCCAGCAAACAUCGCAGGGAACCACUCAAGCAGUGGAUGACCUGGAGGUAGGGGAGCCGUUCCAUACUGAAGUCGAAACUGAGACCGAAACACCUUCGAACGCCGAAGAUGCUCCCCUAGGCUGGGAGGACAUUGACAGACUGAUGUUCGAAGAAUAUGGUCGCUUUAUUAACUUCGACUGA